ACAAGGUCAAUAGAAUAUCUUGCAUUCCUGGUAGUUAGCCCGCCCCUAGCAACACUGGCUCUCCCUGCUCUCUGACUGGUAGGAAAGGUGAUAAGUGGUAUAGGCAUGCUCAUGUAAGUGAAUAGAGUCUGCAGUGUAUUCCAACGAGAAAGAAGCAAACCUAAGGACAACGUGCCACUGUAGACUCUUCACGGUUGGUUGAGAACCUUCUCUGCUGUCAUGUGGAACCCUAACCCAGGAAUGCCUCCUCAGCAGCCUUGCCCCUCUGCUCCUGGACCACACCUGGGACCAUAUCCUGGACCAGGCAUGCAGCCAUGCCCACCCCCAGGUUACCCUGGGCAGCCUCCUCCACCUUAUGGGUCGCCUGGGCCAUGUGGGCCUCCUCCUCCUCAUCACCAUGGACAUCAUCAUGGGCAUCAUCCACCACCUGGACCAGCCCCUGGAGGACCUGGAUGCAAUCCUCCUCCUCCACCACCACCUGCUUGCCAUCCUCCAGGCAGCCAUCACAAAAAGCACAAGCAUGGCCAUAAGCAUGGCCAUAAGCAUGGCCAUGGUCAUCAUGGCCAUAAGCACGGUGGAAGUUCCAGCAGCAGCAGCUCAGAUUCAGACUGAAGACAGCCUUUCCUGCUAGCAUGAGCACAGCUGAUCAACACUUGGCCGCUUAUUUAGGACUCUUCUGAAAUUCCUUCACAUCUUCACUUAUGGCACACUGCUGGUUAUCCACUUUUCAUUCAUAUGUACCAUGAAUAAUGGAACCCCUUUGUUCCAUACAUAUCAGUUUCAAUAAAAAUAUGUUGAGAAAAAAUAUUGAUAUGCCAAGUUGUCUUACAGUUUUCUAGCAAGCAUUAAUCUA